UUUACAGGGGAGGUAAUAUUUUGUCACUAGAUUUCUAACUGAUAACAUAUUUAAUUGAUUUUUCAGAUGAUAUAAACCUUUGUUGAAACUUGAAAGGUAUAUGAUGGAGAAAACUACAUGCAAUCAAGAGAUGACCACUCAAAGAUAUUCUAAUAAAGAGCAGAAAGUCUUUAAAACGAAAGAAAAAUUGAAAGAUAUGUUAACUUUUCUGCAGGAUUAUCUCCCCCUUGCUAAUGUACAUUCUAAUAACUUUAUACUGCACAAUAUAUGGGAUGAAUAUUUGUCUGAAGAUAUAAAGAAAGAAUUAAAACUCAUGACAGAUGAUGCUGUGUUGAGGUUAAACGAGAGAAUGUUACAAAAUCAGAAUGAAUAUGUACAGGCAGGUCAAACUAAAGCUACAAAAAACAAUGCAGACUGGACAUUCUCAUCAAACUAUUUAGAUGCUGCACCAAGAACUGGUAAAGUUAGGAACUUACAUGAUAUACCUGUAUUCCCAGUAGAAUGGAAGCACCAUAGUAUUGACCAUUUUCUCAAAGAUGCUGCCCAGAAUACAUUGGCUUGUUCAGGACUAGUAUCUAGCCUAGAUGACUUGAUAUGUACAGACAGGACACCUCUUGUCAUCUCUAAUUUUAUGACAUCUAAAAAAUGUCAUGAAGUAAACAUAAUGAGUGAUGUGUGUUCCUAUAUAUCAAAGAAUGCUGGUGUAGAUGUGAUAGUUGACAUGGGUAGUGGUAAAGGUUACCUGAGUACACAACUUGUGUAUCAACAUAACUUAUGUGUAGUAGCUGUUGAUGCACAAACUAUUAAUACACAUGGGGCUCAGAAAAGGGCAUCUUUGUUGGGGAAACAAUGGGAUGCUUUGGUCAGACAGGCAGAGGAAGAAGUAGUGGAAGGAGAGAGAAAGAAAAAAGGAAAGAAAUAUAAGAAAAGAAUGAAGAAAUUAGCAAUGAGUGGUAACGUUGAUGGAGAAAUACAGAAUUCAAAUGAAAAUACUGAGUACAAUGUUUCUGAUGAGGUGCUUAAUGAUAUACAGGAUUUAAUGAAUGUUUCUGACGAAAAAUCUUCAAAUAAUUUUUGUUGUGAAAAUAUGGGUGAAAUAAGUGAGACUGAGAAAGAUAACCUUGAUCAUCUUCUCAAUGAUGAGAACAAAAUAUAUGAUAAAUCUGAUGAUACAGGGCACAAGGAGAUAGAAGAUAAACUUGAUUGUAUAAUGGAAGAGAACAAUGAAUUUAAUGGUAUUGAACACAAUAAAUUGACUAAAAUGGAAAAUGUUGAUUUACAUGAUCAAUUAUCAGAUAUAAACAAUGUAAGGCAUUCCAUGGAAGAUUCUACAUCAUGUGAAAAACAGUCUGAUUCUAAAUCCAAUAGUUACCAUAGCAAUAUACGUAAACAUGAAAAUGAGAAUUUGUCAAACAAUAAUAUGAAGGAUUUACAUUUGAAGGAAAGUAAAAACAGUAAAAAGGAGAAGUUAUCCAGGUUAUAUUAUCCUAUUACUGUGUAUGUUGAUGAAAGUAUGGAUAUAACAGAGUUAGUCAAACAAACUGGUGCUCAUUCAGGGGAGGCUACUCUUAUGCUGACUGGUUUACAUACUUGUGGUUCAUUAGGUUCUAGUUUACAAAAUAUGUUUGUCAAUAGUUCCCCAACUAAAGUUUUGUGUUAUGUUAGCUGUUGCUAUCAUCUAAUGAAUGAGGAAUUUGUCAUGGCUCCGUUUACAGAUGGACAUGAAGAAGAAAAGCCUGGCUUUCCAAUGAGUUCAUUCUUGAGAGAACAUGAAGUAGGACUUGGUAGAGCUGCAAGGAACUUUGCUUCUCAGACAAUUAACAGACCAACAUCUGAGAUGAAUGCUAAGUCCUAUCCCAGAAGCCUCUUACAGAAGAUACUGUAUGACAUCACAGGUCAUGUUGAUGAUGGCUGGAAGGGACUACGAAAACUAGACCAGAAAUGUAAAGAUAUGCACCAGUAUGUCCAGAGAGCAUUUGAGAAACUGAAACUUCCAACAGAUAAGAUAACACCCAAACUUGUAUCUGAGUAUGUGAAGAGAUACAAAGAAGAAGAAAAGAAGUUGGCUAUAUUCCUUCAGAUAAAGUCUUUGUUAGCUCCUUGUAUAGAGGCUAUUGUUUUGCUAGACAGAUAUUUAUAUCUUCUUGAACAGGAUUGUACAACUGAUGUGAAGUUAGUUCAGAUGUUUGACCCUGUCAUCUCACCAAGAUGUCAUGCUAUAGUAGCCUUUAAGGAAUAACUGUGAAGUUAGUCCAGAUGUUUGACCCUGUGACCUCACCAAGAUGUCAUGCUAUAGUAGCCUUUAAGGAAUAACUGUGAAGUUAGUCCAGAUGUUUGACCCUGUGACCUCACCAAAAUGUCAUUCUAUAGUAGCCUUUAAGGAAUAACUGUGAAGUUAGUCCAGAUGUUUGACC